UAAGAGGACAAUCGAGAAAUAAUUAUUUAUUAUUAAAAAAUGGUGAAAGUAUGGUUUAUGGACGACGAGCAGGAGACCGAUCAGCGACUGGAGCAUCAUCGCAGUCCGCCGGACUAUCUGGAGCUUCCUGAACUGUACCAGAAGACGGGCGUGGAAUAUUUCAAGAUCAACGCUGACGAUUACCAAAACGACGCGAUUCUAGGGGAGCUGCGGGCCAAACGUGGCUAUACCUACGAUGAUGAGAUCACCUGCUCGGAGAAGUGCCUUCCGGACUACGCCAAUAAGCUGAAGAACUUUUUUACGGAACAUCUGCAUACGGACGAGGAGAUACGUUUGGUAUUGGAUGGAUCGGGCUACUUUGAUGUCCGCGACAACGAGGAGCAGUGGCUGAGAAUACAAGUGGUUAAAGGAGAUUUGAUUAUUAUUCCGGCUGGUAUCUAUCAUCGUUUCACGUUGGACUCUAAUAACUUUAUCAAAGCCCGUCGCUAUUUUGUUGGAGAGCCCGUCUGGACCCCGCAUAAUCGUCCUGCAGAUGAUUUGGAUUGCCGCAAGUCCUACCUGAAGCAUCAAGCUGAGAGUUUUGUGCAAUUAAACCAGGUCUAAUGUGCAUUUUAUAUAUACCAACUUAUGUGUAUUUUUGAAUUUGUAUAAAUAUUAAACCGUCAACUAAAAUUCUAA